AUUCAUCCAAUCAUCCAAUCAUCCAAUCAUCCAAUCAUCGAUAUCUCCGAUCCAACUGUGAACCCUUUUCAUGCUUUUGCUGCCUUCAAAUCCCUUGAGCCGUGGAUUCAUUUGACAACCGCAUUUGGUUCAUCGGAGUUAGUCCUUUGACUCUCUCGCUCCAACAAGGGUACUCCAUCGUUCCUCCGACGUCAUGCCGUUUUGAGUUCCGGUAGAUUCCAAAGAUUCUAAGCUCCCGCCGCUAUCAAAUUCUUUUUUUCGCGAUAUCCGAUCACCAUCGAAAUCUUGACCGGGGCAUCUAUCAAGUUUUUGCAGUGUAGAACAAAAUGGAAGACCAAUCACGUGCCAAUCAUCACCGGAUUCUUUCCCGGAUAGGAAAGACAUGUAGUUUCGGAGACGACGUACGAAUUAUUCUAUUUUGACUUUGGCCCUAUGGAGUGGAUCGUAAACAUGCGAAAAGAUGUCAUGGUUUUCGGAGUUUGGAGUUUUGCUGAGAAUAUUUGCAUGAUGUUAGGAAAUAUUCACUGGGUCUGGGGUCGAUGGCAACUGGAAGGUUUUUGUAUAUAUACAUGAGGUUUGAACUCGUUUUUUAUAUUCUUCUUCUUCUUUAUCAUCACCAUCAUCAAUACAAUCAUCACUUCAAUCAACAAUCAAUUCUUCACAUCUUCAAUACUCACUAAUCACUCAAUCAUCAAUACCACCUUUUAAAUCUUUUACAUUUAAUACUACAUCUAUCAAAAUGGUUGAUUUCACUGUCUUCAAGGGAUCCAAGGAGGGAAAGAUCGUUAAGGCUACCACUACCAGAGAGAUUGGUCCCAACGAUGUCUUGGUCAAGAUCACUCACUCGGGUCUUUGCGGUACCGAUGAGCAUUACAGACAUGCCGAUAUGGCUCUAGGCCACGAGGGUGCUGGUGUUGCAGCUGAAAUUGGAUCUGCUGUUAAGAACAUCAAGAAGGGUGAUUCCGUCGGAUGGGGUUACCAACACGGCUCUUGCAACGACUGCAAGCAAUGUCUUACUGGUCACGAGACCCUCUGCGCCGACCGUGUCAUGUACGGACAAGCCAACUUGGACCAAGCAUCCAUGGGAACCCACGCUGUUUGGGAUGCCGGAUACCUUUACAAGCUCCCAGAUAACCUUCCCCGCGAGUACGCUGCUCCUCUCAUGUGUGGAGGUGCUACCGUCUACAACGCUCUCCGCUCUUUCAACGGUGGUGUCAAGCCAAAUGAGCGUGUUGGUAUAAUCGGUAUUGGAGGACUUGGUCACUUGGCCAUUCAAUUCGCCGCUAAGAUGGGAUGUGAAGUCGUUGUCUUCUCUUCCACCGAUGCCAAGAAGGAGGAGGCUCUUUCCCUCGGUGCCACUGAAUUCGUUGCUACCAAGGGUGUUUCUGAGCUCAAGGUUUCCGCCCCAAUUGAUCACUUGAUCGUCACCACCUCUUUCCAACCAAACUGGCAUCAAUUCAUGGAUAUCAUGGCUCCUCAAGCAACUAUCUACCCAUUGACUGUUUCUUUCGAAGACAUGAAGAUCCCAUACAUGCCAAUCAUUAUGAACGAGUUCAAGAUCCAAGGUUCCUUGGUCGCUGCUAGACAAGUCCACAGAGAUAUGGUUGCUUUCGCUGCUCAACACGAGAUCAAGCCAAUCAUUGAGCAAUUCCCAAUGACUGAGGAGGGUAUUCAAGAGGCCAUGAAGAAACUCGAGGAUGGAAAGAUGAGAUACAGAGGUGUCAUUGUCGCUCAAUAAAUUUGAGGUGUGAUGAAAUUCGCGAAUGAAUGAUUGUAUGCAUGCAUUGGAGAGGACAUUAUAGACUGGGAUGGGUUGAAUUUAAUGACACGGAGUUGGAUAUCUGGAUGGAUGUAAUGAUAGCGCUGGGAAAACAUUUAGACUUAUAGAUAUUCUCUUAUACAAUAUAUUAUUGUUAAAAC